GUGAAGCAGGACUGCUCAGACAGGUCAUAGCCCGACAUGAAGCCCGCAACGGUGGCGUCAGAACCUGCUGAACUGUACAUUAAUCUAAAUGGAUGCGCUUUCCAGUGGAGUUUGCAGACUCUCAAAACCACUAGCGACCGUGAAUAGUGUCGUUCCUCAUACGGCUACACUAAUGUAGCGGUUAGAAGAAUUCGGGUUACCGUUUGUUUGUUUGUUUGUUUUUGUUUGUUUGUUUUGUUUGUUUUUUGUUUUUGUUUUUUGUUUUUGUUUUUUGUCUUAUUGUGUUUUAGGAUGAUAAACAAGAAAGCGUCUUUGGACACUUUGUAACAAACACCUCUUAUUGACCAAACUCGGUUGGUUCACUUAAGUCGACGAAGUGCCAUGAAAACGAACAGGGAAAUAAAGUGAAGAUCUUGGGUUGCUUGUUGCUCGGUUUCUGGUGCCAGACCUCUUAGACUGCAGACAUCACGCACAGCCCAGUUCAACUGGAAUCUCUUAACUGUGCGUUUGUGUGGGUGAAUUGACGGUGGACGUUCGUCCUGCAGCUGCGCACCACUUGACUAACUGUACAUCAUCAAUAACACGCGUGGAAAUAUGUGGAGAUGGAGUUCAUGAAACUGAUUGGGACUGUUUUGGCUGUGUGUUACCAUACAGGCUAUGCGCUGGAAGGAUUCGCUAGUCAACGUAUAUGUCGUCGGGGGACCGAAAAGCCGUGUUAUAAGAUCGUAUACCAGCAGGACCUUCGUCUCAGGGUGAGCUUUGACGUGGCCAGGCGCGCCUGCAGGGACGACCGCGGAGAACUGCUCAGUAUCGAGACGGAAAACGAGCAGAGACUAGUGGAGAGGUUCGUUCUCGACCUGCGGGCCCCGGACGGAGACUUCUGGAUCGGACUGCGAAGGAGCCUCGCCUCCACAGAGUCGGCAGCUGGAGACUGCUCUUCACGGUAUUACUGGCUGGAUCAGAGCCAGGCCACCUUCAGGCACUGGCUCCUAAAGGAGCCGUCCUGCGGCUCAGAGCUUUGUGGGGCUCUCUAUCACAGGACCUCCAGUCUGGCCCACUACAUGUUAAAGUGGACUGAUACCAACUGCAAUGCCAAGAAUAACUUUAUAUGCAAGUAUUCUGCAGAAAAGUCUCCGGCUGCUACUCCUGCAGGAAAUUCCACGACUCACUCAGAUAUACCCAAGAUAUCUCUGAAACCAAAACGACCACCUGUCACAUUGAAUUAUGAAAAGAUAAACAAAGAAUUGCCAAAAUCAUCAGUGUCUCUUUCAGAUGAAAGCAUCAGUGUUUAUUACGUCCUGAUGGCUGGCAUGCCGCUUUUGUUGAUGGUCAUUCUUCUGGCCUCGGGGUUCUUCUGUUAUCGAGUCCUGGCUAGAAAGAGAAAGGAACCAAACCACAUCUACGCAGAGCCUGGGCCUUGGGUGUCUGCGAGGGCGCUUCAGAACCACGGCGGCCGUCCUCCGCUGCACGACCCCGGGCCGCGAACGGCCUGCCUGGAGUACAUGAGCUCUGAGAUCAACGGGAACAUAAGCGCCACUGGCCCUGGUUGCCACGGAGACUAUGAGAACCUCCCGAGUGGUGCUGCCGGCUUCGUCACCAACGACAUCUAUGAGACGUGUCGCAGCCCGCUGGCCACAGAAGCCGGGUGGGUGGAUAACGAUAUCUAUGGGUACUGAAACCAUCUGCCUGUGGGGACCGAGGCUGGGCAUCCCAACCCCCUCCUCCCCCACCUAUGUAGGGGAACUCUGACUACAGUGAUCCAGUGUGAAGCACACAAAGGGUCUCGUGAAGACCUUGGCACCGGGGUGGACGGUAAGCCUGGCUCUCUCUCUAAAACAGCCAGUGCAGAGGUGGUCUCGGUUGUCCGCUUUGUCGCCUUUUUCUCUGCAGACACCAGGUUCCAGGAACAGGACGACCCAUUCGGAAACUCCCACUAUAGCGCCCUGACCCUUCUGCCCAUUCCGUCCUGCCCUCCUUCCUGAACAGGGACAUUUACAGCGGAUGCCUAUUGAUGUUCUUUUUGUUUUUCGGAAUCAAAUCAUUUAGGAAUUGUCUAGCGGCUCAAAGGCAGAGCAGUGACAGGUUUGCUUAGUUCUGAUAUUCAGCUCUGCUCGAGAAAUCCUGCUGACAUGGCUCCCAGCACCCUAAACCUGUCAGUGUGUCCUCCUUUUUCCAGCGUUAGAAAAUGAUACUGAGUGAAACAUUGUCCUGAUUUCCGUUUGGUUGUUUUAAAUAUCUAAUACCUUUAGCGAGUGUGGUAAGGAAAUUAGAUUUGAGACUGGAAAUAGUUAUUUAUGUGCAGGUGGAAAUGUAGUCUGUCCUGUGUGGGGAAAGGGUGCUACCGCACAUGUGGCAACAAGCGGCUGGGCCUUUCCUUCCGAAAUCUACUAUUCUUGUUGGCAGGACAGAAUGAACCCAGAGCACACCAGGUAUCCUUUAGCAUCGGGUCAGUGUAUCCACAGUGUUUGUAACUGUAGCGGUCAAUCAAAAGGUUUGUAGCAUUUAAACAAGUUACUUACUGAGCCAGACCACACAGGACUUUCAAAAGUUAUGUAGGAAACAGGAGUUAUGAAAAAUGCUUGAGGUUCACACAUUUGCAAUUAGCUACUAUCAAGCUCUUAACCACAGAUAAUGAAGAUCUAUUCAUAGCCCAUUUAAUAAGGCCUGCCUUAUAGUAAUAAUGAUAGGACAAUCAUGUGAGAUUUUCUUUUUUUGCCAAAAAGUGACUAAACAGACAAACUAUUAGCUACUCAGAUGAUUGCCUAAUAUGUUUAUUGUUUAUCAGUAUUGAAUAUUACUACUUUCUGUUACAAAAUCAAAAUACUGUAUUGUAAUGUGUUGUACCAGCAGUUCUUCAGAGAAGGCCUGUGUAGUCAGUGAACUAAAUUUUAUGUAACAGGAGACGGCAGUAAUAAUGCGUCUCGCCACCAGAUGUCGCUGGUUGAUAAUAAUCACGUAUGUGGGAAGAGGUCUUAAUUCGAUCUUAAACAUAACUGGAAUUGUAUUCGAUGUAUAUAUUCACAUACUUUGACUUAGUUUGGAAGUGUAUUCAUUAUGUAAAGAGCAGAUUCUGGAUUCAUUGUAAAGUCUAACUUCUGUGAACUACCAAGUAGUAACAAUGUUAUGGGUUAUAACUCGGUAAAAAUGCAGCUGUCUGGGGACAUAUGUUGAUGUCAUUACUAUUAUUAUUACGGUUGGUGCUUAUUAAAUAAUGCUUGCAAUUAAAACUUAAAAUUAAUAUGUUGA